AUGGACUCAGCGGACUCAGCCCCCUCCCAGCAGCCGGUCAUCUCCACGGAAGCUAUCUUGGACCGCCACGAACAAAUGUUAUUGCACAUUAAUCAGCAGCUGACAGCACUAACUCAAGUCAUCGCUCAACGGAUACCGCUGGUAAGCCCGCCCACUCCUUCUCCAUCUGUCGCUCCACAGUUACCGGCCCAUGAGCCUUCUGUGCCCGGUCCCUCCGCUCCUCCGCCGCCGGCCCAUGCGGAGCCUCCGGAGCAGUCGCUGCCGGUACCGGAGCCAUUCUCGGGUGGAUGAAAACAUGCGAGCGCGGCGCGGCGCUAGGGACUA